AUGAAGAUUCUGGCAUUGCUAUGGACGGUAUGUUUGGUAAGAUUGUGUAGCGCAGGAUGUUGGUCUUGCUUUUCUGGAAGUAAAACAAAUGAUGACGAUUCUCCUCAAGCUACUAGUACUCCAGUUAUUCCUUCACCUGAUCAUGUUGAUGGCACUCUCAUUACUCUUGACCUCGUCAGCCCGGAUGAUACAAAUGUAGAUGUUGAUUCUUCCGCGCCAAAUAUUAAAAAAUACUUUCCAAAGGGUGAUGUAAGUUUUUACGAGGUUAAAGAGGGAACUACAAGCAUAUGGAGGGCUGGAGCUAAUGAGUUCUGUAGAUUUGUAAGAGUAUCCUUGGCAGGGAAUAAACCAAUCACAGUUUCAUUAAACGUCAGAAAUAACGCCGAAGAUAAGAAUAUUACUGUAAAGAAUUUUAAGAAAGAGGGGGACUCAUGGAAGUCUAUAUAUGGAAGAUUAACUAAUUCAGACUCAAGGAGGACAAAUGAUUGA